AUGGACAAAUAUAUACAUCUCAAAAUCUAUCACAGUGGUGAAUUCAUUGAUGAAGAAUUUAGUGUGUACGAAGGAGGAACAAAUGAUGAUUUGGAAGUAGAGGUUGAGAGGUGGAAUUAUUUUGAGUUGUUAGGUCGCUUCAAGGAGUUAGGUUAUAGGGAAUUUGAGACAAUAUACUACAUGGAUCCCAUAUUUGGGAUUAAUGUGUUGGUUGAUGACAAAAGUGUCUUAAAGAUUGUUAAUCUUUAUAGGGAAGUUGGGUUGAAGGAAGCUGAUGCAAAGGAAUCUGAGUUGAAGGAAGCUAAGAUGAAGGAAGUUGGGGCAAAUCAUGAUAAUGUGCAUGAGGGUGGUGAUGUGGAAGAUGAUGUUAGUUCUAAUGAUAUCGAGGGUGAGAGCUUCAAUUAUGAUAGUGCUUUGAAGAUAACUUUUGAUAAUUGA